AUGUUGUCUCGUCACUGUGUCCUUGGAAUACGCCAGCUUUCGCGCGCAGGCGCCAGACCGUUGCUUGCCGCACCGAAAGUGUCCUUUGAAGCCCUUAGAUACCAUUCCCACAGCCAUCAAGAUCACACGCAUUCUCACUCCCACUCUCACUCCCACACCCAUUCCCACGCUUCUCAGCCCCAGGACCCGGCCGCUCCCAAGGCAAAGAAGCCAAAGACCUCCGUUUUCCGUCUGAUUGCUCGCGGGUCGAAGUUCAUGGUCUCGUCGUCAAUUGUGCUAGUCGCUCUUGGUCUUUCUUCUGUUUCAUUGUACCUAGUCUUCAGCGAGCUAUUCUCACCUUCUGGUGAGACCUCGACUUUCAACAGAGUUGUGUCGAUGAUCGAGAAGAACGAGGAGGCCUUGAAAUUGCUCGGUUACUCCAAAGAGGAAAUCGACGGUGGAAAGCACAUCAGAUUGAAGGCUUACGGUAACACUCCAAACGACAAGUGGACCAGAAACAGACCAAUCCAAGCAACCAAGUUCAUUGCCAAGGACAAGAAGGAACACAUGCUGAUGAGAUUCUUUGUGGAAAGCGACUAUAAGAUUGCCGUUGUGCAGCUCGAAGCCUUGGAGGAAAAUUUCGUUGAGCAGGAGCUUUUGUACGUGUCGAUGGAUGUCAAGGGAGAAAAGCGGUUCUACCUCGUUGGUGGUCCGAAAUCAUCCUCUGCGCAUAAAAGACUCGGUCUUAUGGGAGAGUCGGGCUUUUUGGGUGUCAAGUGGGGAAACAAGAAGGAAUGA